UUAAAAAAAAAUGGUAGGUGCCAUAGCUCGCACGCGCAAUAAUUCAAAGUCGGGGUAUUAACGGAUCCGCCGCCAGACUGGUCUUCCCUCGGAAACUCAUGGCAUCGACGAAUUCGGCGGAAAAUGCGCCUGCGCAAUAACUUGUCUCCUUCCCGAUACGAAAUUUCCACAUUCAUUUUUACAUCCAGUUCGUUUUCAGCGUUUACCGACUCGUUUUUGGUUGCGGUAAAUCGAAUGCGAAUAAAUCUGCCGUGUUGUUCGAGUUUAGAGACGAAAAUCUUCUGAUAUCGAUGGCGUAAUGUUUCCUCAGGCAUUGCCCGGCAAUGAUCCGUAUUGCUUUGUGGAAUUCACCGAUCACCAAGCUGCAGCAGCAGCUCUACUCGCCAUGAAUAAACGGCAAUGUUUGGGAAAGGAAAUGAAGGUGAACUGGGCCACGUCUCCUAGCAACACACCUAAACAAGACACAAGUAAACACUACCACAUAUUCGUGGGUGACUUGAGUCCAGAAAUUGAGACGCAACAACUACGUGAAGCAUUUGCACCCUUCGGCGAAAUUUCAGAUUGUCGAGUAGUGAGAGAUCCACAAACCCUCAAAUCGAAAGGAUAUGGGUUUGUGUCCUUUGUUAAAAAAGCGGAUGCAGAAACUGCAAUAAGUACAAUGAAUGGUCAAUGGCUUGGAAGUCGUGCUAUCCGAACUAAUUGGGCAACACGAAAACCUCCAGCUAACAGAACUCAAAAUGAUAAAUUUAUCGUUAACAUAUUUUCUUUAGACGUAACUUAUUAUUUAUUGGAUGAAAGCUUAAUAAAUUUUCAAAAGUUCUCUACCAAAGAAGCAGCCACUCACGCCAUUGUCGCCACUCACAAUACAGAUAUCAUUGGUCAGACAGUCAAGUGCUCGUGGGGUAAAGAAUCGGGUGAUCCAAACAAUCAACAGCAACAACAGAAUAUAGCGGCUCAGUAUACCUAUCCAUACCAACAAAUGGGAUACUGGUAUCCGCAGAGUUAUCCUCAAAUACAAGGGCAAUUUGUUCAAGGAAUGCAAUAUCCUUUCAGCCAGUAUUAUGGACAAGGAUUUGGAAUGGGAAUGCAGAUGGCAUGGCAAGGUAUUCCUGGUCAACCUCAAAUGGCAGCAGCAGCAGCAGCAGCAGCCGCAGCACAGAAUCCCAUGGGUCAAGGUCUUCAACAACCAGGAAUGAUAGGUACCUAUCCUAUGCAGCAGUAUCAGGCUCAGUAACUGAAGCCAGGUCGAUACAUUUGCACCCCCGAAAAAAAACUUAGUUAAUAACGACUCAUCAUAGGAUCCCACCAAAAAAUAUAUAUAUAUAUAUUAAAAAAAUUAUUGGAAAAAGUUGAACAAUGGGCAUUUGGGCUCCUAAGCGAUUUGUCUACGGAUACAUAUAAACAUAUAUAUAUACAUCCAUAUAUACAUACAAGCAAAUAUAUAUAUAUGUGUAUAUAUAUAUAUACACAUAUAAAAACAUAUAAAUAUAUAUAUACACAUAUAUAUAAGAUAUAUAUAUGAUAUAUAUAUAUAUAUUAAGUAAUCUUACUAUAGCACCUCUUGUGUUUAGUACCUCUGUUCCGAUUAGCUGUGUCUGUUCAUCGUCCAAAUUUCCGUCGCCCUAAUGCUUUGCUGUUGAACGGAAAACGAAGGAAAGUUAGAAAGAAAAAAAAACUCUAAAUAAAUAAAAUUACAAGUCGUAUUUACGCGUCCGAAUAUACGAACAGACUACGAUGGAUACGCGAAUGUCUGUCUGUAUGUUAAAUGGGCGGAAGGGGAGCAUAGGAAAACAGAAAAUAAUAAUAAUAUUAAUCUCGCGUCCUGCAUUUGUAAACUGUUGUAGAAAACAAAGAAAAAAAAACAAUUGAGAUAGUUCGUAUUUAUCUGUAGGAACUGACUGUUUGGUUGCUGGAUUGUGGUUGUGAAUUGGACAAAACAAUCUCUCAGAUCACUUGUUUUUCGAUCAGACCCGCGUGUAUGAGAGUCAGAUUUCAAUUCGCACGCAGUAUAUAUAUAUAUAUAUAUAUAUAUAUAUAAAUAUAUAUGUGUAUAUAUAUAUAUGUACACACACACAUAUAUAUAUAAAUAUAUAGUUUAUCCUCCCGAAAAAAAAAAGGAAACCUGCGGGUGGCUUAACGUCCCUCUUGCCACCGUUUAAAGAGUAGUAAUAUUAAAGGCAAAGAAAAAAAAAUAAUAAUAAUAAAAUCCUGCAAUGUUAUAUUCUGUACCGUGUUAUAAUGAAAAAUAACGUAUUGUCCCGUGUUGGUCGAUUGAUCCCCGCUUGUUGCAUUCGUUUUGUUGUCUGCACAUCUUUGUCUCCAAGCACCUGUUCUAUAUGCUGUAACUUCCUGAUGGAGACACCCAGCCUUUAAUAGGCUUCCAAGCAGCAAAUAAAGAGGGAAAUGGAUAUAAAAGAUUACUCCCCCCCGCUUCAACAUGUACAGUGUCCGUUACAAUCUCCAUUUUUGUCCCUUUUUUUGGAAUUUAGAUAAAGAAAUUAGAGUCCUAUUUUCGAACCUUGCUUCCAUUAUACUGGAAAAAAAAAGAAAUAAAUAAAAAUAAGUAAAUAAAUAUGUAGAGAGAGAGAGAUCAUCGGGAGAUUUAAGAUAUAUAAAAAAAAAAAAAAAAUUAUAUAUAUAUUGCCUUUUUUCAUAACGACAAUAUAAAAAGAAUACAAAUUUUAUAUUGUUUUUUAGCGCUUCACCGUUAAUAUCAGUUGCUUCCAGAUAUUUUUGAAAAGGGAAAAAACAAAUAUUUAAAAACGUUCAAAAGCUUUAUUUGUAAAAAAGCUUACGUAAUUACUUUUAAAUAUAUUCCUCAGCAGACUUUUACGACCCUUUGGAAUUAGUGGUCAGUUGUUAAUAAAGAAAAAAAAAACAAAUAAACAAAUAUAAGCGGAUAUUUUCAUACUGGAUUGUGCUCGACCUGUAUUCAGUUGCCACAUCUGAAAGAGAAACAGAUAUAAAGUCGCAAAUAUGCCAAGUCCCGAAAAUUGACGUAGAAGACUUAUAGUAGAUAAACCUGGUGUACAAAAAAUUUAAAAAAAAGUGAACGGAUAUGUAGACUUUUUGUCCAUUUAGAAUGGGUGGAUCUUUCCUGUUCUGCCAAAAAAAAAAGGUGUUUUCAUUAUUCAAACGGCGGUAACUUCACACAGGUUAUCGUAAAAUUUAAGCCAACCGUAGGAAGUGAGCGAAUUCGUUUAAAAAAAAAAAAAAACCUCGUAGAUUUUGCUAGGUUCUCGUAGAUUAGAAAAAAAAAAUGUAGAAUAUAAGAUAAGCUGUGACAAUUUUUUUCUCUUAAGAACCGUUCAGAGUCGAUGAGACGAGAUAACAGUUUCUCCUUCGGUGAUGCAAAAGAAAUUAUAACACUCUCUCACAACAUCGGCUGCUGUCUUUGUUUAAAAAAUAAACAAAAACAGACAAAAAAAUUAAGCGUUCUGCUCUGUCUACAUAUUCGGGCUACCUUUAUCCAAGUAAAUAAAUAAAAAAAAAAUAUAUAUAUAUAUAUAAGGAAAUUCCCAUCUCCCCAUUCUCCUCUCUCCUCCCGAUUGUAAGCGGACAGGCGCUUUUGCCGUAGGAAAGUAGUUCACUUUUUCUUGUAAUAAAUCGUCGUCCUCAAGUUUUGGGCUCACGGAGCCGACCCACGACGGAACGUAAUCUAGUAACGUAGACACUUAGAUAAUUACGUAGCUCAUCAUCACUAGAAGUUAUUUAAAAAAAAAAAAAAAAAGUAAAUAAGGACGCUGAAACGGAAGUUAUUCUCCUGUCCAUCCCUUACCCCAAUUUCCCUCUCCCCUUAUCGAGUCGGAGUUGGGAUAUGUAUUAAAAAAAAAACAAAAUAGUUAGGCAGUGUACAUAACAGGCCACCUUUUUAUCGUAUUUACAAAAAAAAAAACAAAACAAACGAAAUAUAUUAAUGGCUGCCUGGGUUUGUUUUCAGUUUCGUUUUCUAUAAGCGUUAGAAGUGAUUAAAAAUACGAGUUAAACCGAAUUCGUUGUUUAGUCGAGAGAAAAAAAAAAUAAUAAUAAUAAUACAAUUAGAAGGCCUCGUGCAUUUUAGGUACGUAAUUUCCCUCAUCCCCUCGUUUUUGUUCAAUGACAAAGUAUUAUUUCUGUAAUAUUCGCGUUUGUUUGAAGUACACUGUAAGUAUAUACAGUUGUUUGGAGGGAACAGCUCAGAGGUGCAGUACUAGGAAUUGUUCUGGUGUGUUUGAUGUCUUAACCUAGUACUGGCCUAUUUAUUUCCCCCAUCUGUUGGGUUAUAGUGUUUAGAUGAAGAAAUGAUAAACUGAUGAUGUGUGAAAUAAAAAAAAAAGAGGAAACUGUUAUUUAUGUUGAAUCCCACUUCCUCCAAACUUAAGAACACCGGACAUGUGGAAUUAAAGUUGUGGAGGUAUAAAAAUAGCAGAGAAAAUAAAAAGUGGAGAAUUUGUAUGUUU